CUGCAGUAGGCUGUCCCACCGGCUGAUGUAAUCACUGACUGCGACUGUGUGGGUGUGUUCUUGUGCUAUUUCCUUGCAGAAUCUUGCCUGCUUGUGGUGGGGAGAUUGCUACUGAGAAGGGUGAAAUGGGGAAUGCACAGAAAAAGUUUCCUGGCAGAGGAGAUGGUGGACCACAAACUGAAGAUAAACCUCCAUCCACAGCCAAGAAGGCCCAGACAAAGAGAGGGAGCUCGGAAAAAGGCAGUUAUCAGGGUGCAAACCUGGCUAAAGAUCAGGGGCAGGUCAAUGAAUUCCAGAGGAAUGGGAGCUAUGCAGGUGAUCAGACAAGACCCAGUUCAUCCGGUACUGACAGCAGCAGGCCUGAUGUGCCGGUAGACUCAGGAGCGCUGCCUCCUGCUAUUGCCAGGCUGAAAAGUCAAGGCAAUGAGCUUUUCAAGAGCGGACAGUUUUCUGAAGCACUGCUUAAGUACACACAAGCCAUCAAUGACUUCACAGAGGCCGAGAUAGACAGUCCUGGAGAUCUCAGCAUUUUGUUUUCAAACCGAGCAGCAUGCUUCCUAAAGGAUGGUAAUUGUAGUGAUUGUAUCCAGGACUCUACCAGAGCCUUGGAGCUUCAGCCUUUCUCUGUCAAGCCUCUCCUUCGGAGAGCAAUGGCUUAUGAGUCACUAGAGCGUUACCGGCAAGCCUAUGUGGAUUAUAAGACUGUUCUUCAGAUUGACAGUGGGGUACAGUCUGCCAAUGACAGCGUCAACAGGAUUACAAGACUGUUGAGAGACCAGGAUGGCCUUAGCUGGCGAGAGAAACUUCCUGAGAUCCCAGCAGUCCCACUAUCUGCUCAGCAAAACAGAUGGGAAGGGACCUCUGCAAACUGUGAACAAACACAGCAAAAGGCUAAAGAAUCUGGUGGCUCUAAACCUGUGCAGGACACAGGUAAAAAAACAGAAGCUCUCUUCCUGUCCUGUAAACAAGAAGGAAAUGAUUUUGUGAAGAGGGGCCAGUAUAAAGAUGCCCAUGGAAAGUACACUGAAUGCUUGAAGUUAAAGUCAAGCGAAUGUGCAAUUUACACAAACAGAGCCCUAUGUAACUUAAAACUGAAUCAAUAUGAAGAGGCCAAACAGGACUGUGAUUCUGCACUGCAGUUAGAACCUUCCAAUAUGAAAGCAUUUUAUAGAAGAGCCAUGGCUCACAAAGGGUUGCAGAACUAUGCUUACUGCAUGGAUGACUUGAAAGAAGUCCUAAGAUUGGACCCGAAGGUUGCUGAGGCAGAGAAGGAACUGCAGGAGGCAGCUGAACUAUUGAGCAAGCAGAGUGUUGCUCCCGAUAGCCAGGAGAAGCAGAGGGAGACCAUCCAGAUCCAAGAGGUCAGUGACAGUGAUGAAGAGGAAACAGAAAAUGCACGAGACAGAAAUGAUGGAAAAGAGUUCAACCAUCAUGUUGGCACAGAAGGAGAUAAUGAAAUUAACCACUGUGGUUCUGAAAACAUGUUCCCUUUACAGCUCACAGAUGCUUAUGAGUUUGGACAAGCCUUAAAUGCAGUGAAAUCUAAGGAGGACGUUGCCGCUUGUGCAAAACUUCUCUGCAGCGUGGAACCAGAGAACCUACCAUCACUGAUGAGCAAUAAAUUAGAGGUAGACAACUUUACCAUAAUCAUUCAGGCACUGGACAGCCAUCUCCUUCAAAAGGACCCUAAACUGGUGUACCGUCAUCUAGUCUAUCUGCAUGAAGCAGAAAGGUUUAAGAUGGUGUCAUUGCAAUUGGGCAAAACUGAAAGGGAACAAGUAAAGCAGCUGUUUGAUCAUCUCUCAAAAGUGGAAAGUGCACAAUUCACAUCAGAUGACGUCCAGAAUCUUGCAAAACAUUAUUUAUUUUAAUAUGCAUGCAUUAAUUAGACUUGGAUCUAUGCAAACAGUAUGACACAUAUACUGUUACAUGUUUCAUGUUAAAAGAAAAUAUAUAAUUCCUUUAUAUAGAAAGGGGUCUUAUUUAAUUUGGGGAUGCACAUAUUAUUUUUCCAUUUGGAGAUUUUUACAUUAUAACUUAUGUACUUUCUUGUUUUAGUGGGACUUUGUAUAGGUCUGGGUCAUUUUUGCUUCAGUUUACAGCUUGUCCUGACCAUUAAGUACCUGAUUGCUUUCUAUAUAUAUCAGAUCACCUUUUCUGUGAUAAAAACACAAAGGGCUGGUAAAGUGUGUGUUUUUGGAAUGUUUUAAUCAUUAAUUGGAAGUCUGGAGCUAGCUGUCAAAGUUAGGUGCAACAUCUCAUAUUUUUAAGGGUAAUCAAAUCUGCUUGUUUUUUUAAGCUCUUUAAACAAAACCAGAAUGCAAUAAUAAAUGGUCUCUAGACUGUCUAUUUUUAUCUCAAAUACAUAAUACUGCAUUAAGAUGAUUGUACAGAGAAAUUCUGCCAAAUCAGCAGAAUUAACCACAAAGCAGUGUAUAUGUGUGAUGAAUUUACACUGUAUUAAAGCUUUUGAUGGAACAUGUAUUCAAAAUAUAUUGGAGAUAUUUCUGCUUUGAAACUUGACAUUGUAUAUUUAUUUAGGUCUUCCACUCAGGUUUCUUCUCAGUUGCAAAAUGCUAUUUAUUUUAUCAAGUGGAUGAAUAAAAUAAUAAAAUGUUUUAUUAAAUAUCUGUAAUGCAGGUGACUGUAUUUCACAUUUUUUUUUUCUACUUGGAAUGAAAAUCUAGUGAAUGUACUAAAUUCAGGGAGAUGAGCUUGAUGCAGCAAUUACCCUGGAGCAAUAAACUGCAUGUUUUAAACAGUA